AUGAAGGGGUGUGUGCUAUUUUGUAUUUUCCUCACAUGUUUUGUCACCAGCCACCUCUGUCUCUUCUCAGGUGCAAGAGUAAUUCCUGAAGGAGUGCCCUAUGAUGAGCCCCCUGCUGUACCCUAUUGGCCAUACUCAACCUCUGAUUUUUGGAACUACAUUGAAUACUUUCGUAGCAUUGGUGCCUAUAACCAUAUCAAUCAGAUGGCCAGGGCUUUCUUUGCUCACCAGCAGCUUGGAGACUCCUUAGGCUAUGAAGUAGCUGAGCACGAGGAACGCUGA